CAAAUUGAGAUCUGAAGGGCGUGAAGCUCGCCAGCGAGAGGGGAGAACGGAGCAGCGAGAGAUUGGCGGGGAAGAUGCAGUGCGCGAGCCCUGUCACUGCCCAACCCAUCCUUCCCGCUCUGCGCCAUGGCCGAGUUCCAUCCCCCAAAUCUCUCUUCCCUUCUCUCGCCGGCGGAGCAACCGUUACUUCCGAAUCCAAGGCCAGGGUACGUUUCCAGCGGCGUACACUGUCGGCGGCCGCUGCCUCCGCCUCCGCCCAGGCCGUAGAAGCCUCGUCGGCUGUUGACCAAUUUGAGGACGGCGAGCAAUCCGCGGAGAAACAGGGCGUGGCGGUGAAACCCAUAGAGAAGCCGCGGCUGGUUCUACGGUUUAUAUGGAUGGAGAAGAACAUCGGACUGGCGCUCGACCAGGUGAUCCCCGGCCACGGCACCAUCCCGCUGAGCCCUUACUUCUUCUGGCCGCGAAAGGACGCGUGGGAGGAGCUCAAAACCAAGAUCGAGGAGAAGCCUUGGAUUUCGCAGAAGCGCAUGAUCAUCCUCCUCAACCAGGCCACAGAUAUCAUCAACCUCUGGCAACAGAGCGGUGGCAACCUGUAGCACUCCUUCCCCUUCCUCCCCUUGCUUCGACCUAUUUCCUUAUUCUCCGUGGUAUAUAGGUUAGUUUGAUGUUGUUACUUUGUUGUAGAAUUUUGUCUAUUAUGCAUUCACUUCAAAGAUAUUUAUGCUGGAUCAACGAAACCUGUAAUCUUCCAUAAUUCAAAGAUCUUGUGCUCAAAA